AGUAGAAAUGGCAAAGCAAUUGCGUCACUUCUUGUUCAAAGCAGCCCACUUUACAAUAUAGACGUGGUCAAGAUUUCUUCUGUCUGAAUUUGGUGCAUUUAAUGCAUUAAAUUUAAUAAUAGUCUUGAAUUUUGCUUCUACGAAAACUAUAUUCUGCAUCAAAAAGUGGUUGUAGAAGCCAAAUGAGUAACAUACAAGCUGACCUCAAGCUUGUUGAAGAGGCUGCAACCACAGCCAUUGACAAACUGAGUGAAUCUAUUGCCAGGAAUGUAUAUCAGCAGCAUUUAGGCCAUGCACCAAAAAUAAAGACUAUACCAUCGAGAAUUGGGCAUGAAGAUAACAGGAAUGAACCUCUGUGUACCGCCUCUGACAGUGAAAUAUAUGUGUCAAAAAGAGCUGCUCCUCUUGAAUACCCUAUGUCAGAAGGAGAACUUGAUAAUCGUCCACUUUUUUAUGACGAUGAUGAUGAUGAUGAAGAAGAAGAAACUCAGCAGCCUGAUGGAUCACCCCGGAAAAAGAGACCUCCUCAUAAAACCACAAAUUGUGAAACUUUAAUGCAUCUGCUAAAAGGCAACACUGGACCAGGAAUAUUGGCACUACCUAGUGGCUUUUCAAAUUCAGGACUUAUUGUAGGAGCUUUGGGAAUUCCACUAAUGGGGUUACUCGCUAUUCAUUGCAUGCAUCUUUUAGUGCGAUGUAGUCGCCAUCUUUGCAAGAAACUUGGACGGGAAUCUCUUGAUUACUCCAGAGUUGCCCUUUAUGCCUUUAAACUUGGACCUUCACCACUACAGAAGUAUGGUAGAUUCGCAAGAAGAACAGUCAACAUAUUUUUGAUGCUCACCCAGUUCGGAUUUUGCUGUAUAUAUUUUGUCUUUGUAUCAACAAACAUCAAGCAGGUGAUAUAUCAUUACACUGGGGCAGACCUGAGUAUUUACAGUUACCUGAGUAUUUUACUUCCAUUUGUCAUCCUACUGGUCAUGGUUCGAAGUUUACGACACUUAGCAUUAGCAUCCACUGUUGCGAAUGUUUUCCAGAUUAUGGGUUUAUGUAUAAUUUUUUUCAACUUGUUUCAAAAUGUGCCACCUACUUCCUCGAGACCAUUUACUCAACCUCUUUGGAAGCUUCCUCUCUAUUUUGGCACAACAAUAUUUGCAUUUGAAGGAAUAGGAGUUAUACUUCCCCUGGAAAAUGAGAUGCAAACUCCCCAAGAUUUUGGGGGAUGUAGUGGGGUUCUCAAUACUGGUAUGGUUAUUGUAUGCUGCCUAUAUGUAGCUGUUGGUUUCUUUGGCUUCCUCAAAUUCGGAGAGAGUGUGAGAGGUAGUAUUACACUGAACUUACCAGCAGAACCGGCUUAUGAACUGGUUCGAGUCAUGUUUGCCAUUGCUGUCUUCUUGUCUUAUGCUAUACAAUUCUAUGUUCCUCUUCAAUUUAUUUGGCCAUUCAUCAGAAAGAAGCGUAGGCUGGAUGAGUGGAUGUCUCAAAAAACUCAGAGAAUGUGGGAGUACAUACUUCGAGCAUUCCUUGUAAUGGUAACGUAUUGUUUAGCAACUGCUAUCCCAAAAUUAGAUCUUUUUAUAUCCUUGGUUGGAGCUGUGGCAAGUAGUAGCCUUGCCUUGGUGUUCCCGUGUCUUCUGGAAGUGAUUGUCUUCUGGAAUGAGGACAUGACUCGUGGUGAAUGGAUUAAACUUUUCAUCAAAAACACAUUUAUUGCAACUUUUGGAAUUUUUGGCUUUAUUACGGGAACCUAUGCAAGUAUAAGUGCAAUUGUAGAAGCAUUUUCAUAGAUCUGAAGAAACCAUGCUGUGAAUUGUAAAAAAAAUAUUGAUUGGAGAUAUAAGCCUGAGGAAUAACCACAGCAUUCUGCCCUUCAGCAGUUAAACCUGGUCUAUUUCUGCAAGCUGUGUGCUCAUGUCUUGAACUUUUAAAUGAAACAAGUGCCUUGUGUAAACUGAAGUACACGUUAUCUGUAUUAUGCACCUCAUUCAUCUGUAAAUGAGUUUUAGAGCUGAUUAAAAGUCAAAUUUACAAUAAUUAAAUUUUAAAAGCAUUAAUUAUUAAUUAUAUUUCAAAGCUCCAAUCUGAUCAGACCAUUUUAUACUUCAUUUUAUAUGCUUGUACUAUUUCAUCAGCUCUAUGGUCUUUACCUUGUUUCAAAUUACCCUACAGUUUGUUCUUCAUAGUUUUGCUGUUUUCAAAGUACUUUAGAUGUUUUCAAUAUAACCCAUGUUAUUUGUGUUCUUUACCUGUUUGGCUCCUACAUUCUUUUUUCUCCAUUAUCUUACUGUUUUCAAGUUAAUCCUACAUUCUUUUUUUCCAUUAUCUUGCUCUUUCCAAGUUAACCCCACAUUCUUUUUUCUCCAUUAUUUUGCUCUUUCCAAGUUAACCCCUACAUUCUUUUUUCUCCAUUAUCUUGCUCUUUCCAAGUUAACCCCACAUUCUUUUUUCUCCAUUAUCUU